AUGGGAGAAUUGGUUUCAUAUCCUACAUGGAAUGACAUACCUGAUGAUAUAUUAGACGACAUUUGGAAGGAUAUCACAGAUAAUACAGAUGCCCCUGAGGCAUAUAGAUUCCAUUUCCUAAAGGUAGUUGGUAAUAGAUGGAGGGAUUGGAAGUGCCGACUGAAGCAGAAAUGGUAUUAUAAAUAUGACACUGAUGAACAACGCUUAGCCAUCACUCCUCCUCGGGUGGUCACAGAGCAGUGGAAGACACUAGAAUGUUCUGAGAUGAAUAAGGUCAAUCGUGCACAAGGAGGUGCUCCACAUAGGACUGGUCGCAUAUCAUUUGCUCAGUUGAGAAAUGUGAUGAGAGAGAAAGGAGAGAAGACUGAUCGUCUGAGCAUGUUUAUCAAAACUAGAACAAAGAAGAAAAAUGAUGAAGAUGAAGUUUUUGAUGAGGAUAAUGCUGAUAUUAUUAAUCAAUUCAACCAAUGUUUGGAAGAAAGGGAAGAAGAUGAACAAGAUGAGUCAUUUAGAGAGGAGAUAUCUACUAAAGUGAUGGGAACUUAUGCACAUGGGCGUGUUCGCAUGUGUGGGGCUGGUGUAACUCCAUCUCAAGUGUUUGGUCAAAAAUCAAAUUCUGACAAUAAUGAGAAUAGGAUGAGAGAGGAGCUAGAGAAACAAUGUCAGUCAAAAAUAGAUGAUCUCCAAUCCAAGUUAAAUGAAGUCAGCUCACAACUCAGUCAAGUGAUGACUCAUGUUGGUUUCCAAACCACCCCAGAAGAAAGCGGAAGCAGCCAGAUUCCAGAUGCCUCAAGUAUGCAUCAACGAAGACUUAGUGUUAACAGCGACCUGCAGCCUAAUUUAGACUUGGAGGCAUAA